AUGGUGUCAGUGGUGAUAAUCGUCACAGUGGUCUCAUGGUCCAAAGAUGAUAUUGCUUCCAAAGGCCCCAGUGGUGAUAUUGGCCCCAGUGGUUAUAUUGGCCCCAGUAGUGAAAUUGGCCCCAGUGGUUAUAUUGGCCCCAGUAGUGAAAUUGGUCCCAGUUGUGAUAUUGGUCCCAGAGGUGAUAUUGGUCCCAAUGGUGAUAUUGGCUCCAGUGGUGAUAUUGGCCCCAGUGGUGAUAUUGGUGCCAGUGGUGAUAUUGGUCUUAGAGGCCCAAGUGGUGAUAUUGGCCCCAGUGGUUAUAUUGGCCCCAGUAGUGAAAUUGGCCCCAGUGGUUAUAUUGGCCCCAGUAGUGAAAUUGGUCCCAGUGGUGAUAUUGGUCCCAGAGGUGAUAUUGGUCCCAAGGGUGAUAUUGGUCCCAAUGGUGAUAUUGGUGCCAGUGGUGAUAUUAGUCCCAGAGGUAAUAUUAGUCCCAGUGGUGAUAUUGUUCCAGGUGGUGAUAUUGUUCCCAGUGGUAAUAUUGGUCCCAGUGGUGAUAUUGGUCCCAGUGGUGAUAUUGGCCCCAGUGGUGAUAUUGUUCCAGGUGGUGAUAUUGUUCCCAGUGGUGAUAUUGUUCCAGGUGAUGAUAUUGUUCCCAGUGGUUAUAUAGUUCCAGGUGGUGAUAUUGUUCCCAGUGGUGAUAUUGGUCCCAGUGGUGAUAUUGGUCCCAGUGGUGAUAUUGUUCCCAGUGGUGAUAUUGGCCCCAGUGGUGAUAUUGGUCCCAGUGGUGAUAUUGGCCCCAUUGGUGAUAUUAGCCCAAUUGGUGAUAUUGGUCCCAGUGGUGAUAUUGUUCCCAGUGGUGAUAUUGUUCCAGGUGGUGAUAUUGUUCCCAGUGGUGAUAUUGUUCCAGGUGGUGAUAUUGUUCCCAGUGGUGGUGAUAUUGGUCCCAGUGGUGAUAUUGGUCCCAGUGGUGAUAUUGUUCCAGGUGGUGAUAUUGUUCCCAGUGGUGAUAUUGGUCCCAGUGGUGAUAUUGGUCCCAGUGGUGAUAUUGUUCCAGGUGGUGAUAUUGGCCUCAGUGAUGAUAUUGUUCCCAGUGGUGAUAUUGGUCCCAGUGGUGAUAUUGGCCCCAUUGGUGAUAUUGGCCUCAUUGGUGAUAUUGGCCCCAGUGGUGAUAUUGGUGCCAGUGAUGAUAUUGUUCCCAGUGGUGAUAUUGGUCCCAGUGGUGAUAUCGUUCCCCGAGGUGAUAUUGGCCCCAGUGGUGAUAUUGGCCCCAUUGGUGAUAUUGUUCCCAGAGGUGAUAUUGGCCCCAGUGGUGAUAUUGGUCCCAGUGGUGAUAUUGGCCCCAGUGGUGAUAUUGGUCCCAUUGGUGAUAUUGUUCCCAGAGGUGAUAUUGGCCCCAGUGGUGAUAUUGGUUCCAGUGGUGAUAAUGUUCCCAGUGGUGGUAUUGUUCCAGGUGGUGAUAUUGUUCCCAGUGGUAAUAUUGGUCCCAGUGGUGAUAUUGGCCCCAGUGGUGAUAUUGUUCCCAGUUGUGAUAUUGUUCCCAGUGGUGAUAUUGUUCCCAGUGGUGAUAUUGUUCCAAUUGGUGAUAUUGUUCCCGGUGGUGAUAUUGGCCCCAGUGGUGAUAUUGGUCCCAGUGGUGAUAUUGGCCCCAUUGGUGAUAUUAGUCCCAGUGGUGAUAUUGUUCCAGGUGGUGAUAUUGGUCCCAGUGGUAAUAUUGGUCCCAGUGGUGAUAUUGGUCCCAGUGGUGAUAUUGUUCCAGGUGGUGAUAUUGGCCCCAGUGGUGAUAUUGUUCCCAGUGGUGAUAUUGGCCCCAGUGGUGAUAUUGUUCCCAGAGGUGAUAUUGGCCCCAGUGGUGAUAUUGUUCCAGUUGGUGAUAUUGGCCUCAGUGAUGAUAUUGUUUCCAGUGGUGAUAUUGGCCCCAGUGGUGAUAUUGGUCCCAGUGGUGAUAUUGUUCCAGUGGUCUGGGGAAAAUAG